ACAACACAACGCACUCCAUUUUUAUAACACCAUGAGCUCCGACCUCACUUUUACACACAGACAAUCACAAACACUUUCACACACAGAUAAUCACAAAAUUGGGCGUUGGGUGAGAUGUAUACAUAAAUGUGGGGACUACUUGUUACUAUAUAAGUUUUUUUUUUGACGAACAAAUGUGUUACUAUAUAAGUUGGAUUGUGAUUGUUGAUUACUCCUUCUCCCAUAUCUAAAUUAUUUUUGUAGUUUAUGGCUACUAGCUUGUGUUUGAUUUUAUUAUCAGUGUUGAGCAGGCACACAUCUCAGUUCCAUAGAUCUUAAUUUUUGUACGUCAUGUUUCCAUGCAUGGUCUUAUAGGCGCUAUGUAUCGAUACAUGUGGUCAUACGACGAAAAAAAGGAUGAUAACAUAUCAAGUCAAAUACCAGAUUCAUUUCCUGUUUGGGACAUACAAUGUUGGUGUUGAAUACUUGUUUUUUCUUUUAAUAGUUCUUAGUUCUUACUCAUUUUGAUAUUUUCAACUCUCAUGAGUCAUGAUAUAGCGUUUUUUUUUUGGUCAACUACUCUCAUGAUAUAGUCAUUGACUCAUUUUGUUACCAAAAAAAGAAAGCCAUUGACUCAUUUAUCAUUUUACCCACAAAUUUAUAUAUGAAACUAGUUAUCCAAUUUUAUAAAUCUUCAAUUUCGCGGUAAGUAUGAAAAUUAAUCAGUAAACAUAAAUAACGUCAAAUUUCAUAUGAUAUAUUUACAAAAUUAGUUGAAUAACAAUAAAUAUUUGUAAACACAAGAGUCAAAAACAUUAAAAAUUUCAAUAUAUUGUAAUAAAUAAGUAGAAGAUCCAAUAAUUAACGUUAAAGUUGAUCGAGAAAAAAAAACACUUUAAACCAAUGAUUAAAUUAACACCCCUUCUCAAAAAUAUAACAAUAAUAACAGCGCAUAUAUAAACAAAGUUAAAUCUCAAAUAAACUGCAGUUUCUGUCCCAUAUAUAUAUCUUUAAAUGAUUUGUUUCCAGUUUCUCCCAACAUAUAAAAUAUCUGAUUCACAUUUCAUUUAAGAAGUUAUUAAACAAGAAACCUGUGAAUCCAUGUAUGGCAAUGAUGGGACUUGCCCAACACAAGAAGAACGUACUUCAUAUCCUUCUUCUCCUCUUCUGCAUGUCCAUCAUCAUUCUCCUCCUCCUCGUCCCCGAGACCAAACACUCUCUCACUACUUUCCGACAGAACAACAAGAACAACAAUUAUGUCCCGCCUUUCACUUUCCUCAUCAAAGUCCUCACGUUUAACCGCCUCCACUCCCUCUCCCGCUGUCUCCGAUCUCUCUCCUCCGCGGAGUACGGCGUCUCAGGCGACAGAGGACGCGUUCACCUCCACGUCUAUAUAGAUCAUUUCUCACUCGACCAAAAUGAUACAACCGUGGAAGAUAGCUUGAGGAGCACGAAAGAGAUCCUGGAUUUUGUGGACAAGUUCGAGUGGAGAUUUGGGGAGAAACUGGUUCAUUACCGGACCGGUAACGCUGGCUUGCAGGGACAGUGGCUGGAGGCUUGGUGGCCGAGCUCAGAUCAUGAGUUUGCGUUCGUCGUUGAAGAUGAUCUUGAGGUUUCUCCGCUUUACUUCGGGUUUCUUGAGCGCGUGAUUCGUGACUACUACUAUGAUGCUUCUAGUUUCAACCCUUCUAUAUAUGGAGCUUCGCUUCAGAGACCAUGGCUCGUUCCAGGUGAAAAUGGAAAUAAACUACAAGUAGAUCCCAAAACUAAUAUUUUCUUAUACCAGUUAGUGGGAACUUGGGGACAGCUUCUCUUCCCUAAGCCAUGGAAAGAGUUCAGACUAUGGUACGACGAGCACAAAUCAAAGGACAAGAAGCCUUACCUUAGUGGCAUGGUGACAGAUGAAUGGUACAGGGCGUUAGAAGAACGAAUAUGGACACCAUGGUUCAUAAAGUUUGUCCACUCACGUGGCUACUUCAACAUCUACACCAACUUCCCUAACGAGAGUGCUCUAAGCGUCUCUCACAGGGAUGCUGGUGUUAACUAUAGAGAAACCGUUGGACCAGACUCUCAGUUACUGAACCAAAGCUUCACCGGUUCUGAUUUUCUGAAACUCCAACCUUUGACCAACCUUAAGUGGUACGAUUACUGUUUCGGUGAAGUUAUUACUGGUAGAGUUGUGAGGAGCUUGAAUGAACUUGGCACCAUUCUUCCUUCUGUGCAGAGAGAUAAAACCAUAGUUCUGGUCAGUCUUUUUGAUGCAGACGAGAUGUUUAUCAGGAACUUACUCUGCCAUUUCGAGAGGAUUAAUACUCGGAACCAUAUAUUUAUAGGUCCUAGAUCAGAGUUUCUCUAUGACCUUUCAAGAAGGGGACAUCCUGUGAUUGAUGCGGAUAUGUUUAUCAAAAGCGACUCAGUCAAGGAGGCUCUGAGCAGUGCUUAUGUUGUUAUGAAAUGCUUGGAGCUAGGAUACAGCACAUGGGUGUUUUCGAGUAAUGCGCUUUUGGUGGAUGAAGAUCUAAUACUCCUUGACAGCAUCAGAUCAGGAUACGACUUCUAUAUAGGAGAAAGCUCUGGAGUAUUGAUUGUUCUAUCUUCACCGGUCAGUCGAAAGCUGUGGAGGAAUGAGCUUAUGCCUAGCAUUGUAUCCUCAGCAACGAAGAAUCCAUCCCCAGAACAUGGUCUAGAUUUUAUUCAGCUAGUGAAAGAGCUACUGGAGCAAAAGGGGAAAAAGGUAAAGACUGUAGAGACGAUGAGUAUUGCAGAGAAUACUAAUGCCGAGAGCGUAAACCAGUGGUUGGAAGAUGACAAACCGGUGGUGUAUUGGUCACCUGAGGUUGGUUCCAAUAUCAUUCAGACAAAGCUUGCGGAACUGAACUUGUGGCUCAUUGAUGAUGAUCUCUCAUGCAAGGCUGUGAUCUGUCAUAGCUUAUAAAGUAAAAACAGGAAGCUAAU